AUGGGUGCAUUUGACAUUGAUACUAAAAUAGCAACAGAAUUGAUGUGUCAUAUGAUGGUGGAUGGUAGAAGAGGGGAGGGAAGUGGAAGAGUUUACACAAGUUUAGCAGGUGCGCAAAUGAUGGGAAAGGAGACUCGGUGUCAUAGCUGUCAUAAGAACUGGUUAGGCAGUUUAAAAGCUAUGGGGACAGAUAUUGCUGUUGAAGCAAUAAAAGAAACUGAGCAAAAAGGUGAAAUAGCCAGCAUAACAAUGGAUAGAUUGCAAACAAAAAUAAAAAAUGACAAGGUAAAAAAUAACCACACAAAGAAAGGAUUUACUAAUAAACUGUAUAAGUUAAAGGAAGAUUACAAGCAGUUAUUAACAAAGGUCAUAAACUAUUUACAGAAGUGUUUUAGUUAUGCAAUCUCUCAAAAUCGUGACAGUGUUAGUAGCAUGCAAAAGAAUCUGAAAUCUAUAAUCCCACAUGCAUUUGGAGACCAUACACAUUGUUAUGGCAGUUGGUGUCAAUAUUUAGUUGACCCUGCUAAUUACAAACACAGUAGCCUGCCUUAUGGAAAGGAAUUGUGUAGUGAUGAUCUAAGAGCAAGUUCAGAUAAGAUUAUGAAGACUUACAUAGAUAGUUCAAAUGACUUAGCUAGGAUGGGUUCAACACAGGGUAAUGAAAAUAUGAAUAUGGUGAUAGCUUCUAAGGCACCAAAAGCAAAACACUACAGUGGCUCUGAUAGCUUCAAUGUCCACAUUGCAGCAGCUGUUGCCCAGAAGGACAUAGGGCAUACAUAUGUGUGUCAGGUUGGUUCAGAUGCAGAGAUUACUCAACUAUCUGCUGUUACUGGUGAGAGACAGUUUGAAGGUUAUAUAUUGCCAAAACAACAGUCCAGUUGUUUCCAGGAUAACUCAUCUGAUGAUGUCAAGAAUCCUAUUUUAGUUGGUCAUAAUAGGUUUAUGGAAGUUGUUAGUGGUUUUGUGAAUACUCUGCCAUUGUUUAAAUCUGUGUAUCCUGGUGAAGAUUCAUAUGCACAACAAAGUUUGGUUGGUGAAUUUGUUGGUCAGGUUUAUAGUUUACAUAAUGCUAGUGUGGAUGUGCUUGCACUACAGAAUUGA